AUGUAUCACCAGGUGUUGCUGUGCUCAAGAUCAACGCAAUCACACGCUCAACUAGCGAAGUUUCAUAUUCACGUCAAUCUUUUUGCACAGCAACUUCCAUUUCUCAACGUCGUGUUGCCAAGGGUUGCAAACAACGCUCAUCUUCCAACUAUCAAACAUCGUGGAUGCGUAAGAAACAGUGAAACAUUUAAGCACACGAGGUCGCCUGUUCUGUGA